AUGGAUUACUUCGAUAGGACUAAAAUCUUCUUGGCGAGUAAGCAAUAUGGCGCCCCAUUGUUGCCCAACAGCUUUCCUGAGUUGAUGUUCUAUAUCAAGCUUCAAUUAUCGUUAGUUCUCCACAAGUCACAGAUUUGGUUUGAAAAUACCUAUUUACAUACUUAUGACAAUAGUUUCCUUAAUUAUCUUAUCAUAGCCAGAGAUGUAUUCAUUUUAUAUCUAAUCAGCUCUAAGCUUUCUCAAUUAGUUACUUAUAUCGGAGGUAUUGGAAUAAUUAGGGCAGUAACGAUAGAGUUCCAUAAAGUUAGUAAAAUUGCAAUUGAUAUUUUCAUGUCUUUACCACCAAUCAAGAAUAGAGUUGAUAAAGAAUUACAACUGGUGAUCGUUAAGAUGGAGAAAGAAAUCGUUAAGAAUGAUGAUGAGCUACUUCAACUUUCCAUUAUACCAGAAGAAGGAUUAUCAAAUAAGAUUGUUAUGGAAGAAUUGGAUAAAUUACAGACUUUGAAACAUACUGAUUGGAGUAAUGGAAGAGUAAGUGGAGCUGUUUAUCAUGGGGGAGAUGAUUUAAUCGAAUUACAAUCAACUGCAUAUCAUAAAUAUUCAGUCGCCAAUCAAUUACAUCCAGAUGUAUUUCCAGGUGUCCGUAAGAUGGAAUCAGAAGUCGUUGCAAUGGUUCUUGAUAUUUUCAAUGCUCCUAAAGAUGCAUGUGGGUCUACUACACUGGGUGGUACUGAAUCUUUAUUGUUAACUGGUUUAGCUGCCAGAGAAUAUGGUAAACGUUAUAAAGGUAUUACAUCUCCGGAAGUAAUUGCUCCAGUGACAAUACACGCUGGUAUUGAAAAAGCUUGUUAUUACUUUGGUAUGACGCUUCAUAAAGUAGACGUUGAUCCAGUUACCUUUAAAGUUGACCUUAAGAAAGUGAAACGAUUAAUUAAUGGUAAUACAGUAUUAUUGGUAGGUUCGGCACCAAAUUUUCCUCAUGGUAUAAUCGAUGAUAUUGAAGGACUUUCAAAAUUAGCUGUCAAAUAUAAAAUUCCACUCCAUGUUGACGCAUGUUUAGGGUCAUUUAUAGUGUCGUUUUUAGACAGAUCUAAAAUUCAUGGUGAUCUUCCAAUUCCUAAAUUUGAUUUUAGAGUUCCGGGAGUUACUUCUAUCUCAUGUGAUACUCAUAAAUAUGGGUUUGCUCCUAAGGGGUCUUCUAUCAUAAUGUAUAGAAAUGCGAAAUUAAGAGAAUGUCAAUAUUAUAUUCUGAGUGACUGGACAGGUGGUAUGUAUGGUUCACCAACACUUGCUGGAUCAAGGCCAGGAGCAUUAAUGGUUGGUUGUUGGAGUACGCUUAUUAGUAUAGGUAAAUCAGGUUACGAAAAGUCAUGUCGAGAUAUAGUUUCUACAUCAAUGAAGUUUAAGCGGGAAUUAAAGGAUCAUAAAAUUUUACUGGAAUAUUUUGAAGUUGUUGGAGAUCCAAUUGCAUCAGUAGUAUCUUUCAAGGCUAAUGAAAAAUGGGCAAAAAGAAUAAACAUUUAUGAUUUAGGUGAUAGCUUAUCCAAAAAGGGUUGGCAUUUCUCUACGUUACAACAUCCGGCAGCGUUACAUUUUGCAUUCACAAGGUUAACUGUUCCAGUUAUAGAUGAGUUGAUAUCAGAUUUAUCUGAUACAGUACUAGAAUAUGUUGAAACUAAUGUUAAUGAUAAUAACAAGCCUCGUGGAGAUGUGGCCGCACUAUAUGGCGUUGCUGGUAGUGUUGCCACUAGUGGGGUAGCAGAUAGAUUGAUAGUAGCAUUCAUAGAUGCCUUAUAUAAGAUAUAG